AUGAUGGGGCGUGCUGAGCUGUGGCUGGUGGUGGUGGUGGUGGGGGUAUUGACCUGCGGUGGGACGGGCCUUGCGGGUCGAGGCGGUGUUAUGGCUGCGCCGAUGACACCGCCAACUGUGCAGAUUGAAUGGGAGGCGCCGGUGGCCUCGCGUUGGGCGCCGGCUGUUGAUGCAGUGCUCGCCCGCUACUCGGCCGAGGAAUCCUUCCUGCCCGUGUUUGCAGCCCACAACGCCUCGCUCUUCAACAACCUCACCACCGAGGACUUUGCAACCCUGGGCCAGUCGUUGGCCAACCAUUGGCCACACCUGUCGGAGGAAGUUGAUGCCAUCGCUCAAAUUCUGACAGAUCGUGGUAUCCCCACCUCCUUCAACUAUUUGGCGGCCUGGGUUUGGUUUCAUGAACUCGCGCACACGGAUGCUGCCGCGCCCGACUUGCGCCGAGCUCGCGCUUGCACGGGCGUGCUCGUGCCUUGUGGGGCCACAGGCAUUGCGCACGCACGCAAUAUGGAUCAAUCGCCGUAUGAAGCCCGUCGCCUCACGCUCCAUAUUAACAUGACCCGCAAUGGGCAAGUCCUUUUCGAGGGUGUCGACUGGUACUGGAUCACUGGCGGUCUCAUGACGGCUGCUGGCUCUGGCCUCACCCUUGAGGAGAACUGGCGCUUCACCGAUGUUUUCAGUAAAACAACUGUGCUUGCGGCAGCAACCACGGGUGCCAUGCCCCAGGUUUUCGUCUUUCGUCACGUCCUGACGCAGGCUGCCGAGUCAGGCAAUGCGAGUGCCGUCCUCGAGACACUUGAGACCCUGCCCUUGGUUGUUGGUAUGUAUAUUAUUGCCAGUGCCCCCGAGCGCGAGGGCGUCAUUAUUUCGCGCUCUGCUCUGGAGGGCAACAUCACUCGCCUGAGCGGAGACUACCUUGUGCAGACCAAUUACGAUCAUUGGCUGCCCGAUCCAGCUGAUGAUCCACGACGAACCAUGGCUGAGCAGCGCUUAAACAGCACCGCCUCCAGCCUGAACGACUGUCAUCUAUCGGCUUAUGAUGCCGUUGUGGCCGACGGUGUCAAGAACACCGACACAGCUUAUAGCGUCUUGAUGACCCGGGAGGGCAUUCGCUUUGCCAUUGUGUGGGACACCAAGCCCUGA